GAGUUAUCUUCUCUUAGCCGCCAUUUUCUAUUUUCUGUGAAAAUCGUCAAAGGCACAUUUUGCAAAGAUGCCGCCGGUUACGAUGAAUUUGCCAGUGGCAGAAAAUCAGCCUCCGGCGAAAACAGAGGAAGAGCUUGCUGUGGCCAAACCCGUGAUCGGGAUCAUAUACCCCCCACCCGAGGUCAGGAACAUUGUUGACAAGACCGCAAGUUUUGUUGCCAGAAAUGGACCAGAAUUUGAAAGCAGAAUCCGUAAAAAUGAAAUGAACAAUUCGAAAUUUAACUUUUUAAACCCUUCGGAUCCAUAUCAUGCUUAUUACCAACACAAAGUACGAGAAUUCAAGGAGGGACGGGGACAGGAACCAGUAGCACCUAAGCCUUCCCAAAGCUUACCAUUUUCUCAAAAGCCUGAACAAGCAAAGAUCAUUCAAGAAAUAAUUGUUCCAAAGGAGCCUCCCCCAGAAUUCGAGUUCAUUGCGGACCCACCCUCCAUUUCAUCAUUUGAUUUAGAUGUGGUGAAGUUGACAGCGCAGUUUGUGGCCAGGAAUGGCCGACAGUUUCUGACCAACCUGAUGAACCGAGAGCAGAGAAACUAUCAGUUUGACUUCCUGCGACCCCAGCACAGUCUCUUCAACUACUUCACCAAACUGGUGGAGCAGUAUACCAAGAUUCUGAUUCCUCCCAAAGAUCUGUUGGAUAAAUUACAGACAGAAUCAUUUGACUACAAAUUUGUGCUGAAUCAAGUGAAGUACCGCGUAGAAUGGCAGCGUCAUCAGGAUAGAGAGAAAAGGAAGGAGGAAGAAGCCAUCGAGAGGGAAAGAGUUGCCUAUGCCCAAAUUGACUGGCAUGAUUUUGUUGUUGUGGAAACUGUGGACUUUCAACCCAAUGAAAGUGGAAACCUGCCUCCUCCCACCACCCCGGAUGAAGUCGGAGCUCGUAUGCUGGUACAGGAGAGGAUGCACAGAACAGACGUUGAUGCUGAUGAAAUGGAGGUAGAGUCUGAUGAAGAUGAUGAUGAAUCCGAUGAAGAAGCAAGAAUGACAACAAAAGCCAUGGAGCAUGCCAACACACAAAUACAGGAUAUGGAGGAGGCCUCAGAUGAUGAGGAAGAUAUGAUCAUGCACAGAAAAAUGCCCCACCCCCCACACCAACCACCCCCACCCCCAGGGCCUCCCCCACCCAAGGAUAAUCUGCCACCUCUUCCUCCAACACCUGACCAGGUCAUCAUCAGAAAGAACUAUGACCCCAAAGCCCGCCCUGUGCAGCCUGACACCGGACUUGAGCAGUACAUGGUGUCGCCCAUCACUGGAGAGAAGAUCCUCGCCAGCAAGGUCCCGGAGCACAUGAGAAUUGGUUUGCUGGAUCCCACCUGGAUCAAGGAGAGACAGAAGAGUAUGAAGGAGAGACAAGACCAGGACGAGGUGUACGCCGCCGGCUCCUCCAUCGAGGACAGUCUCAAGAGGCUCUCCGAGAGACGUACCGACAUCUUCGGUGUCGGUAUUGAGGAAACUCAGAUUGGUAAAAAGAUAGGAGAGGAGGAGACCAAAGAACCCAAGAAGGUGGUUUGGGAUGGACACACAGCCUCUAUGGAGAAAGUUACCCAGAAGGCCAGAGAAAACAUCUCCAUUGAGGAACAGAUCAAAACCAUCCACAAAGUCAAAGGUUUCAUGCAAGAUGAGGAAAAGGAGAAAAUUGGUCCAAAUAUUCCCAAGAAUCCUCCCCCACCCCCAAAAGUGGCCCCACCCCCACCCCCUAUGGCCAAGCAGGCUAAGCCCCCACCCCCUCCUCCCCAGUCCACCGGAUCUCUCAACCCAGCACCCCUCAUGUCACAGACAGUACCCCAGAGGCCUGGGCUGAUGGUUCUUCCACCCAGACCCCCGAUGCCAAUAGUUCGCAUGCAGCAGCCCAUGCCAGUUGCCUCCCAUCAGUUCAUGCCAGGACCCCCACAACCCCCAGGCUUCCCUCCCCACAUGAUGUCAACAGGAGCUGCCCCACCCCCAGGAAUUCCCCCUCCUCCACAAGAUGAUGAGCCACCAACAAAGAAACAGAAAACGGAGGACCAGCUUAUUCCAGAGGAGAUCUUUUUAUCAAGACACAAGGGGCCGGUCACAUUCAAAGUCUCUGUGCCCAAGGUGGAGGAUAAGCCCGAGUGGAACCUCAAGGGACAGACUGUGUCCUUCACCCUGCCUCUUACAGACACAAUCUCUGUAAUGAAAGCCAAGUUGAACGAGUCCCUUGGUAUACCAGCCGGUAAACAGAAGCUGCAGUAUGAGGGUAUAUUUGUGAAGGACUCGAACAGCCUUGCCUACUACAAUGUGGCUGAGGGUGGUACCAUCUCCUUACAGCUGAAGGAGAGAGGAGGAAGGAAGAAGUAAACAAAGACGAUGGCAGACGGUACCUUCUUCCUAGAACUGAAGAAGACAGGAGGAAGAAGGCAGUAGAUAGGUGAUGGAAGUGGUACCAUUUCCCUUGAUAGAGCUUAAGGAGAGAGAGAGAGAGGGAAGAAAGAAAGGAUAAGUGAUGGCAGGAGAGGAUUGUACCCUCUCUAAGAAAUCAACUGUUUCAAAUGAAAACUGUUGAUUAAAGAAUAAGUAAUUGAUUUAAAUUGCAACUGUAAAGUAAAAGUGAGAAAAAAAUGCAUGAAAAGACCUGUUGUUUUUAUUGAUUUUAUAUAAAUCAG